AUGGUGGUGUCUGGUUUUCGUAGAUCUCUGUCCUUUCCAAACCAGUCGAAUAAACCACGAAAAACACUUCAUGUUCGAUCAACUAGUCUUCCAUGUAGAUCAUCAUCACACCCUGUGAUUUCUCAGCUCAAAGAUGAAAUCAGUGAGCUUAAAUCUCGGAAUUCAUCGGAAGCUACGUGUGUGUCUGUUUGUGAGGGGUUGAAAAGGCUCAAAAUUGUCCAUGAAUCCCUUGAUGAUUUCCUCCAGCUGCCUCAAACAAAGGAAUCGCUUUCUUGUAACUCUGAUUUGAUCGAAAAGUUCUUGGAAGAUUUUCUUCGAUUUGUCGACGUUUAUGGGAUAUUCCAAACGUUAUUUUUGACGUUGAAACAGGAGUAUUUGGCAGUGCAGAUGGCUGUAAAAAGAAAAGAUGAGGCCAAAAUAGCCAUGCACGUAAAGAAUCUCAGCAAAAUUGCUAAAGAAAUUGGCAAACUCGAAUCCUCAGUUCAAUCCAUUGGGAAAAAUUACUUAUUUUCUGAUAAUUUUGAUGCUGAAUUCGCAGAAAUUAUCAGAGAUGUAAUAGAGGUUACAGUCUCGGUUUCAGUUUCACUUUUUGGUGGACUUUCGGUGGCAUUGGGCAGCCGUAAACCAUCUCGAAUGGGGCUGAGCUGGAAGAAAGUGAAGGUUCGACAAGGGAUUCAAGAAUUUCAACAAAUUAAUUUGGAAACAUUGAUGGGAUUGAGAAAAAAGGAUGAUGAAGAAAUGAAAAUGUGUUGA